GGCAUUGUGGGCAUGCAUACAGAUGCAGCCUUGUUUGUCCUGCUCUGCUGAAGUGGGCUGGAGCCUGAAAGGACUGCUUCAGUCGCAGGGAAGGAGAGAAAGGGGAGAGACUCUUCUUCACGCUCUCCUCCCCAAAAACAUUCCCUCUUUGGGGUGCUGAAAGGCCUGGAGGCCGGGGAUGGCUGCGGAUGGGAACUAGGCCCAUUGCCAUGGAGACCGAGCAGUUGCCAUGGAGACCGAGCAAUGCUGCAAGAGGAGAAGGAAGGCCCAGCAGGGCCUCAGGAGGAAGUCUGGCAGGUAACUGGCAAGGGAAAAAUGCCUUUGCCAACCACAGGAAUUCUCUGACUCAGAACUUCCCCAAAGACGAACAAGCCUGUAUGGAAGAAAAAUGUCCUGAAGAGAUGUCCUGCAUAUGCACCAGCUGUGGGAGAUGUUUUGCUCCAAACAUGACACAUGUAUGUCAUGAGAGAAUGCAGCAGGAAAAGACCUUUGGAUGUGAACUUUCGGUGGAAGGUGUUGAUCACAAAUUGCAACAUAUAGCAGAGAAAACACACAAAUGCCAGGAAUGUGGAAAAUGUUUUGAUUCCAAGUCACAUCUCCGGCAACACCAGGUAAUCCACACAGGAGAGAAACCAUACAGCUGCCAAGAAUGUGGAAAAUGUUUUAAUACCACAUCGGGACUUCUGAGACACCUGAGAACCCACACAGGAGAGAAACCCUACAGAUGCCAAAUGUGUGGGAAAUGUUUUGUUUCCAAUUCCGUACUUGUGAUCCACCAGAGAAUCCACACAGGCGAAAAACCAUACAAAUGCCAGGAAUGUGGGAAAUGUUACGCCCACCACUCAGGGCUUGUUAUCCACCAAGGAAUCCACACAGGAGAGAAACUGUACAACUGCCAAGAAUGUGGAAAGGGUUUUCAUUCCAGGUCAGGACUUCUCAAACACCAGAGAAUCCACACAGGGGAGAAGCCAUACAAAUGCCAAGAGUGUGAGAAACGUUUUGUUUCCAAGUCAUCUUUUGUGGAUCACAAAAGGAUCCACACAGGAGAAAAACCAUACAAAUGCCCAGAGUGUGGGAAAUGUUAUGCCCGAAAUUCAGUGCUUGUCAUCCACCGUAGAACCCACACAGGAGAGAAACCAUACGGGUGCCAGGAGUGUGGGAAAUGCUUUAAUUCCAAGCCAGAACUUUGGAAUCACCAGAGAAUCCACACGGGAGAGAAACCGUAUAAGUGCCAGGAGUGUGGGAAAUGCUAUGCCCGAAAACCAGAUCUUGCCAUCCACCAGAGAACCCACACAGGAGAGAAACCAUACACGUGCCAGGAAUGUGGAAAACGUUUUUCAUCUAAAUCAUGUCUUGUCAUCCAUCAGAAAACCCACAGAGGAGAGGAAGAAUACAAAUGUGAGGAUUGUGAAAAAUGCUAUGCUUCCAAGUCAGGACUUGUGAAACACAAGACAGUCAUGCAUAAAGGGAAAAAAGCAUAGAAAAACCAAGAGUUCUGCCCACAGUUGAGACUUUGUCACCCACUAGAGUCCACACAGACAAGAAUGCUACAAUUGCUAGGAGUGUGGGAAAUGUUUUUUUCAGAAUUCAGCUCUUAGGCAGCAUAAGCGGUGCUCAGGGAGCAUACAACCCCUCUGUUGUGCCAAUUCCACUGGCUGCCAGUUUGAUAGCGAGCACAAUCUAAAGUGCUGGCUUUAGCCUUUAAAGCCCUAAAUAGUUCCAGACCAGUUUACCUGUCCCAACGCAUCUCUCCCUGUGAACCAUCUAGGUCUUUAAGAUCGUCUGUAGAGGCCCUGCUCUCGGUCCCACCUCCUUUGCAGAUGCAACCGGUGGGAACAAAAGACAGGGCCUUCUCAGCGGUGGCCCCUCAGCUAUGGAACGCCCUCUCUAGGGAUAUUAUAUCGGCCCCCUCCCUCUUAACAUUUCGAAAGAGAGUCAAAACCUGGCUUUUUGAGCAAGCAUUUACAGAUGCAGUGUAAUUAGAUCCAUGGAAUGAUUAGAUGAUGUGACUGGGAAAUGGUUUUAGUAAUGAGACGUUGAGGACUUGUGUUUUAUUGUUUUAUAUUGUAUGUUAAUGUUUUAAUUAUAUUUUAUAUUAUUGAGGGCAUUUAAUUUUGCCAUUUCUAAACCACCCUGUUGCCUCCGGGCUGAGAAAGGCGGUAUAAAAAUAUGGCAAAUAAAUAAAUAAAUAAGACAGUUCACACUCAAGAGAGCACUGAGGACUUUUUUUUGCCUUGACAGCAGAGCGGUUAUUAUAUCAGAAUCCACAGAAUCAUACACUGCUUUAGACCCCAAGUGCCAGCAAGUCAGCCAGUCCCUUGCUGUACUUGCCUUGGAUGUGUAUCUUGUAGCUCAAA